AUGGAAGAUAAUCGUAUUUUAUGGCUUAAGUGCAGCAUCGCAAAUAUGCUGGGUGUAUAUGAACCUGAAUUCGUCAAUGCUGCCAUCUAUGAAAAUCUAUAUGAUUUCAAGAGUUUUUUAAAUGACAAAUAUACCAAGAACGAGGAUAUCAAUAAAAUUAUUCUAUACGUUUGGCGUACUUUCUAUGACAAGUUGGUCGAGGAGGAGAUUACCGUAUUGGAAGAGGUUCCACCAGAACUGCCACCGGAAACUGAAAAGAAAGACAAGAAAAGCAAAAAAGGAAAAGGCAAAGGUGUGGCAAAGGAAAAGGAGGCCAAGUCUAAUGUCAAAAGCGCCAUUGAAAAAGAACCUAAAGGAGAAAGACCAUCGUCUAAGGCCAAGGGAAAAUCGUCCGAUACAGAACGACAGAAGGCGGGAGAAAAUACGGCAAUGGAAGCUACCGACACAGGCAUAGAAAGUGCAACUGAAGACGUAGGAGCCGAGAGUGUUAAGAGUUCUGCUCUAUCAGGUUCCAAGAAAAGUGGCAAAGGAAAAGGCAAGCGAAAGAAAAGAAAGACUUUACUGGCACCAUCUCCAGUCUAUGUUGAAGUCAAGAAAAUCAUACCAACAUUUGUAAAAACGCCAAUAUUGCAUUGCCACUUUGGGGAAUUGAAAUGUUCACACUUUGACAAUAACAUCAAAUAUGUUUAUGUGAUACGCAAAGAAGUUAGCGGAAUACCAUUCUAUACAGACAUCAACAAAUGUUUUGCGGAAAUGUCACAAUAUUUCAUAUUUGGAACAGUUCGUGGUUCUUUAUUAGACUCAAUGAGACUAGACUUGGAAAAGAUCUUUAAAAAUGCUAUUAAAUUUCAAUUUCGUGAACCCAAGCUAAUCGAAGGCGAACAAAUUGAAAAUCGUGAAACGCAUCCAAUAAGUAAAUCUCGCAACGCUGCCGAUUCAACUGAAGUUAAAGAAAUGGCGCCUGGUCUCCUCGAACUGUCUAAACCAUCGGAAUUUCGUAUGAAGGCUCUCAAACAAAAAAAGAAAAUGGAGAAAUUAGCUGCGAGACGAAGAUCUGAAGCACAUAAAAAAGCCCUAGGAAAAUCAAUGAAGAAAGGGCAAUCAGGCAUUAGGCAUACUUCUCAUGGUAUUGGUAGUGGCAAUGGUAGCGAAAAUGGCGACAUUGUUGACGAGGAUGAGAGAGAGGAAAUUAACGCAGAUGAUGCAGCAAAAGACAGUGUUUCUAUGGACUCCACAGAUGAAGAUUUAGAUAAACGGCCGGAAGUAACACUCACCAUUGGGGAACGAUGGGAAAAGCUUCUUAGUGAAACUCAUGAAAAGGUAAAACGUCAUCACAAAGAAGCUGAAAAUGUAAUAGAAAAACGCCCACCACAUCAGGAAGCUUUUUUUAAUCAACUGAAAGAUUUCGAACAGGAAAUAGAAUGGACCACGAAUCAUAUUGUUUGGGCAUUUAAUUUUCCAACAUCAUAUGCAGCUCCUGGACAAGAACAUAUCGAGUUUGAGGAGUCCAAAGUGCGAAUUCCAAUCGACGUAAAGAAAAUUAAUUCGAUACCUACGUACUCACCAGAGCAAUUAGAAGAUGUGGUCGAUGGCUGGAUAAGAUAUAUGAAGAAAACAAUUAAAACUCUAGAUGAGAAGCCUUUAGAUGAAUUUACACCCAUGGCGGAAUAUCGUUUAUGGCAUUUUCGCGAAAUUGAACUCAACACAUUGCUGGAACAGUUAAAGUCCAGUUUUGUAGUUGCAGUCUUAGAUACACUAACAUCAAAUCAAUCACAAAUUCUACAACGUUGGUCGGAAAUUCUUACCAAAAUUAAUGACAAAUUCCGUUUGGCAAAAGAAAAUGCUGACUAUGUUGGUACCAUCACGGACUAUCUAGAGAAAAUACGCUCCUAUGAAAGCUUUAAAAUGACAACCCUCCUCAUCCCGAAUGUUAUGGUGGGUUUACGUCACAUAUGGACCAUGUCAAGUUAUUAUUGCCUUGACGAUAAAAUGCAGAUUUUGCUAUGCCAAAUUUCCAAUGUCUUUACAGAGAAGGUCAAAAAUAUUGUAUGUUUUGAAAAAAUAUUUCGAUAUUCCUCAAAGUUUACGUAUGAAACAGCUACAAAUUGUGCUAAUUUACUAAAAUGUUGGAAAACCGCCUACUUAUUAAGCCGCAAGCAUAUCGAAGAAUCUGGGGCAGGGUCUCGAUGGGAAUUUGACCGCAAUGCACUUUUUAAUGAAGUUGAUCAUAUAUGUCGCAUAAGUCGAGAUAUUGCUUCUAUUGGACGAGUCUUCAUACAAUAUGAAAAUCUUUUUGGAAAACGCCUUAAAGGAUUGAUAACACACCCCUCGCUCAUAGACGAUCUCAUGCGUAAAGUGUAUCGUCUAUUAGACGAUAUGUUAAAUAGUGUUGAUUAUGAUAUUUUUCGACCUGGUAAUUGGGAAAAUUGGGAACACACUCUGAGUACAUUCAAUAAACGCCUAGACUCAGUUGAAUCUGAGGCCAAACUGGUCAUCGAAAGAAGCAUAACCAUGUUAAGAUCAUCCGAAUUAGGUUUGUCAUUAAUUCGAGACGUUAAACAUUUAGAUACACGUCAAGCGCUUACUGAAUUUAUUUCAACAAAACACGAAAACUUACUUCGAUUCUUUGUAACGGAAAUUAAUGCGGUGGAAUAUGAAUACAUGAAUAAUAAAAAAGCUCCACCGAUUGGUAAACAUCAGCCAGCAAAAAUCGGAGCCAUACAAUGGACGCGUCUAUUAAGCGCCAAAUUAAAAAUAUCUGUACUUGCUUUUAAACGUAUGGAAAACGAACCAAAUCUUAAGAAUAGUUAUCUCAAGCGUAGUGCGUUUAAAUCCUACUUUGAAUUGGUCAAUAAAAUGUAUACUUAUGAAAAUAGUCUAUUCGAAAGAUACUGUUCACAAGCAACGUACAUGGUCAAUGUGGUUAUGAGAAAAAACAUCUUAACUAUACAAAUCUGCAACAAGGAUACACUGUCUUAUAUAUCAAAUGCUCUGGAAACGAUUAAAUUGAAAAGGAUUAAAUCUGUGGAUGCCAACGCAAACGCCGCAACAAAUGAACAAUUUGCUCAUGCGGCUCCUACCGGUUUCAUACGAAAAAUAUCCAAGUUCACCGUCAUUGCAACAAUGAUUCAAUGGUUUGUAGGCCGCAAAACAUCUGCUGAUGCACACAUUCUGAAGGCAAUACAAUUUCUAAAACUGAUGAAAUCAGGGAAAGUUAGGCCCAAUGAAAAGGAUAAAUUUUGUAUUAAACAAUGUGAAUUGUUGGUGAAGGCAUCCACUCAAGAAGGUUUGCCGACAUGGCGUACUCUGGUGGGCGAACGUAUAUUAAUUGAAUUUGAAAUGCAAUUUACUGUCAACUUAACAAGAGAUAUUUUUGAGGUCAUGUUUGAAGGACAGCAAUUUGAACAUUUUGGAUUCCAAUUACCUUCAGUAUUGCGAACUGCAAUCAUGAAAAAGGAGAUGCUAUUUAACGACUUUGAAGCCGUUUCGACAGUCAUUAACAACUACAAUGCCUUGCUAAGUAAGCUCUCGUUAUCCGAGGUGAACUUUUUACGAGAUCAUCUCUAUGAAACCGAAGUAGCUAUACAGGUUGGAGUUGGUCGAUACGCAUGGCAGUCUUUUAACAUUAGGAAAUAUUGUUCCGGUGUAAACACCCUGAUGCGUAAACUUCAAUCAAUUGUUUCCCAAAUCAACUACAUACGUGAUGAUAUUCGCAAUCGUAUUGACCGGAUUAAAACAUUUAAUAUAUUUUUAAUCGAUGACAUCGAUAGUUCUACUGAAGACUCCUUACAAUUUGACGAGACUGGAUCGCCAGGCACAAUUGGUGAGGAGGCUGAGCAGUCGGAAAACGAGUCUAAGGUGGAGAUAAUACGUAUAAAAGAGUCUACGGAAUCCGUACUGAGUAGUAAAAGGGAAUGCGGGAUAGCUAUUUAUCACUGUCAAGGAUAUAUGGAACGUUUAGAACAGUCUAGGACUGAAAAAUGUUCUCAUAUGAAAAAAAUCUAUGAUUCCUUAGGUCCAGUUCUAAUUAAGCUAGAAAGUCUAGUCUUGGGUACUUUUACGGGUCGUUCGGAAAAAAUGAGAAAUUACUAUGUCUUCUGGGAAGAGGAGACAUACAAGUGUAUUUUGGAUUUUACAUACAAAAAUCUGGAAUGUUUCUUGGAUCGCUUAACUGGAAAAGAGCCCAUGUUUGAAGUCAAUGCAGUAUUGGUUUUAUCGGAAAUCAUGUUGGAGCCAACUUCAAAUGAAAUUAAGAACAUGAUAGUACAGGCUGCUAAAGAUUUCCUAGAAAGAUUAAAAAUGUUUACCCGUUGGAUGGAUGGCACCUGUUUGCCCUGCUCACCUAUAGAACAUAUCGGAGGCACAAAGUACACAUUUACAUUUUACGAGGAUGUUAUAAAGAUAAAAAAUAUUGGUGGGCUUCUAGUCAAAGUACAAGAACUAGCAAAUCGAGUAGUCGAAGAUGCUAAAAAAUGUGUUAAAAAAUUUAGAAAGUAUUACAAUCUGUGGGCAUUCGAUAAGGAAACAAUUUGUGAAAAAUAUGUGAAUCGUGGUGUGCCACUUGUGCAGCUUGACGAAAAAUUUACAUUUUAUGCAAAUAUCAUGGACGAGCUGCAGCAUUUGCCAACACAUUACGACGUCCAAUGUAUACGCAUAAAUUUAAAACCAUUGCUGGACACUAUUUGCCAACAUGCUCAGCAAUGGCGUACUAAGUUGGGUGAAAAGUUGGCAGAAAGAACUAUUGCCAAUAUGGAUAAAAUGCGAUUUGAAAUCAAAGUUCUUAGUGAAAAUCUAAACAAAGCCACAAAGGAACUAUAUGAUUUCAAGUUGGUGAUGCAAACUAUUGCAACAAUUCAAUCGACAACACUCACCCACGAAAUUACUAUACGAGAAAUACAGGAGACAUAUACAGUGCUAAGUGAACAUAACAUCAAUUUUAAUUUCGAAGACAUGCUCAUGGCACAUCAUUUGGAGAAACGAUGGACGCGUUUAUAUCGUUCAUCACUGUACCGUUUGGAUAAGUUGCAGCCGAUUAAACAGAAAUUUGCCGAUAUGACAUCAGUAGAAAUAUCUGGAUUUUGGAAAGAGCUUCAAGAAUUUAUUAUUGACUUUGAAAAAAAUGGACCAGGAUCAGUGACUGGGGAUUUAGAUCGAGGCUCAAAGCUGAUGGAGUCUUAUGGUCAGAAAAUACAUGAAUUUGAUGCAAGACGACAAGAACUGGCCAACGCUGAGAAACUUUUUGAUAUGCCCAUGCAAGAUUACAAUGAAUUUUCACGUAUUAAAGACGACUACGAAGGCAUGCAAAUUGUUUACAAAUUAUACAAAAGCCAAAAAGCAGCUCGUGAAGGAUGGUCGAAAACUUUGUGGGCCGAUUUGGAUCCUUCCGUAUUGACUGAGGGUGUAGAGAGCUUCUUGAAAGAAUUUCGUAAACUAUCCAAACAG